AUGGUUGUUAUGAAAUUUAUUCAGAGUCAUAUAUUUUCUAGAUUUGGUUGUCCCAAAGCUAUUAUUAGUGAUGGAGGAACUCAUUUUACACAUCGUCAAUUUAGAGAAUUACUAAGAAAAAAUAGUGUAAACCAUAGAAUGACAACUCAUUACCAUCCACAAACUAAUGGAGAAGCUGAAGUAGCAAAUAGAGAAAUACAAAGAAUCUUAAAGAAAAUUGUGAGACCGGAUAAUAAGGAUUGGUCUACAAAACUAGAUGAUGCUUUGUGGGCUUAUCGACCACUUUUAAAACACCUUUGGGAAUGUCUCCAUUUAUGUUAA